UAUUCCGUGCUCGGUAAUGUGUCAAUCCGUGUCAGUAGUCAAAGCUGAAAGAACAGUAUCAGAAAUAUAUUUCCAGCGCUGAAUAAUAAUAUUGCAAUAUUAAUACGAUUAAUACCAAUACUAUGUUUAUAACCCGUGCACUACCCAAUCUUUGAGUCAACUAUAAUUUUAUACGUAUUUUAUAAAAAUUAUCAAUACUACAGUUUAUACUAGUAAUAGUAUUGCAUCCUACGUGAUAGGUCAAUUCAUUAUGGCAGCAGAUGAUAUGGAAACAUCAGCUGCCCAGUCUCAGCCUGUAUCUCUAAAUAACCCACUAGAACAAUUUGUUUUAUUAGCUAAAACUGCUAAAGGAGCAGCUUGCAUAGAACUUAUAAAACAAGUUUUGGAGGCACCUGGAGUUCAUGUAUUUGGAGAAUUAUUAGAUAUGCCGAAUAUAAAAGAGCUGGAGAAUGGACCACAUGCAAAAUGUUAUAAAACAUUGAAUUUAUUUGCUUAUGGAACUUACAAACAAUAUCUGGAUAAUAAAUCAGAUUAUCUAGAUUUAUCAGUGAUAAUGUGUAAGAAACUGCAGCAUUUAACUAUAGUAUCUUUAGCAAUUAAAAACAAAUGCAUAUCAUAUAAUAUACUAUUGGAGGAGUUGCAUAUUUCUAAUGUAAGAGAUUUGGAAGAUUUAAUAAUAGAGGCCAUAUAUGCGGAUAUUAUUCAUGGGAAAUUAGACCAGAAAAAUAAAUUGCUUGAGGUUGAUUUUGCUAUUGGUCGUGAUAUUAAGCCGGGUGAUGUUAGUUUAAUUGUGUCAACGCUUCAAGAAUGGUGUGAUUCUUGUGAGGCUGUUUUGGGAUGUAUUGAAUCUCAAAUUCAUAGAGCUAAUUCUGAAAAAUGUGCAAGAAUCAAACAUAAGGCUGACAUAGAACAACAGAUAAAUAAUCUUAAAAAAUCUAUAAAAUCACAGUCAAACGACCCUGAUGAGGCUAUGUCAUCUGAACCAAGAGAAGUUGUAGGCCAAGACAAAAUAAAGAAAUCGUCCAAAUGCAAAGGCAUUCGAGUUGGUGGUACAAAAGUUUCUCAAUAAAUGAAUUCUACUAUAUGAAGAAGUUAUGUUUGGAUUCUGCUCAUUAUAUUUAACUAACAUGAAUCGGA